AUGGCACUACCCACACCAACAAAUCUCCAAUUAAAUAUUGUAGUUGUUGGAGAACCUGGUUGUGGAAAGACAAGCUUAAUACUUGCAUAUAUCGAUGAGUCGUUUUCAUUAGAAAUCGUACCUUGUUUUUAUGAUGGACCUGCAGUUUCUAUGACUUAUCGCUCGUGUGAAUUUUGUGUUUCUUUUGCAGAUUGUUCUGGUAUGGAUAAGCAAACUGAUGCCUUAAGAGAAACUUUAUAUAAUAGUGCAGACUUCAUUAUUGUAUGUUAUGGGAUAGAUGAUCCCGUGUCUCUGCAUAAAGCUGAAACUGUGUGGAUUCCAGAAAUUUAUAGAGUUGCACCUGGGGCUUCUAUUAUUCUUGUUAGUACCAAAAAAGAUUUAAGAGAUAACCCAAAUAACCACGUACCACCCAUUAGUCCCAACGAGUUAUUAACUGAUGAAGAUGGUUAUAAUGUUUUUAGAAGGACUCAUAGCAAGUUAAUUGUUGAGACUUCAGCAUUAACUAAAGAAGGUGUUCUUAAACUUUUUAAUGGUAUUUAUGAAUUAUCUCUGCAAAAUAAAAAAAAGAAAAAACAACACUGUGUUAUAUUUUAA